CUGCCCUGGCGCGCAGUCCGCUGUGAAUCCAAAGCGGUGGGCUGUGAGGAGAGUCACAGGUGCGCGACAUGGAAGCGGCCGGGAGUCAGGCGGAGGGCGCCGUGCUGGAGGUACUUGCAGAAGUAACAGACAUUCUGGAGCCUGUAGGCCUGCAAGAAGAGGCUGAACUGCCGGCCCAGAUGCUGGCGGAGUUUGAGAGGAACUCACGGAAGAAAGACAAGCUAUUGUGCAGCCAGCUUCAGGUAGCCGACUUCCUACAGAACUUCCUGGCCAAGAAGGAUACAGCCCAAGGACUGGACCCCUUGGCUUCUGAAGAUACUAGCCGACAGAAGGCAGUUGAAGCCAAGGAGCAAUGGAAAGAGCUGAAGGCCACCUACCAAGACCAGGUGGAAGUCAUCAGAAAUAGUGUGACCCAGGCUGUAACCCAGUUGGAGGAGGCCCAGAGGAAGCGAACACAGCUUCAGCAGGCCCUUGAGCAGCUCCAGGUCAAGAAGAGGGUGGCCAUGGAGAAACUCCAAACAGCCCAAAAGCAGUGGCAGCUGCAACAGGCGAAGCAUCUGCAACAUCUAGCAGAGGUUUCAAAAGAGAUCAGGGAACAGAAGACUGGAACACAGCAGGAGCUUGAACAGCUGUCUCAGGAACUUGGAAACCUGAAGCAGCAGGCAGCACUGGUGCAGGACCAGCUUCAGAGGCACCAGAACUUCCUUCAACUCCUGUUUACCCUGCAAGGGAAGGUACCAUGCCCUGAGGCUGAUACUCAGGCCAAAGCCAAGGCUGAGCUACCAGCAGAGCUGCCCGUUUACCUGAAUUUCCUUGGGAACACUAUGGAGAAAGAAGGUUACAUGGGGAGGACACUGAACCAUGAGGAAGGUAGAGCCAUAAGAUGGAGAGAGUUGGAGUCUCUGUCACUUGGAAGAGUACUCCGUAAGUAAGGACCACUGUUGGAAUACUCCGUGUGUGAAGGGAAAAGUGCUC